AUGGGCAUGAUUCGAGUUAUCGCAGCUGAACAUUUUACGCGUCCAGCUGGGGCGGUGUUCUUGGUCCGCACUAUUCGAGAAACAGUAGAGUCUACAAAAGCGAAUCUGAAAGCUAAGGGGUAUCAUGUCACUGACAACGGCAUCCAUAUCAAAACCGACAAGCGUAUGGAUCGUGAAUCCUAUAUGGACGCCACUCAACGGGGCUUUAUAAAUGGCAUGGAAGCGAUCAAGAAGGCUGGUUCCUUCCGCAACGCCGCGGACGAGGAGCAGAAACGCCAGCAAGAAUUGAAGGCUGCAGGGAAAUCUGCCCCUCUCCACGGGGAGAAGGAAAAAGUUUUUGGCUCAAUCGAUCCCAUUCGGUGGGACGAUAUAGAACAUUCUUUCAGGAUAUCUAUGUGGCCUCAGGCGGCACAUCGCCAUCUCAGGAACCAGACGUCCUCCUGGGCUAGAGAUGCGAGCCAAGGGAUGAAGGCACUACCACAGUGCAUGGUUGACUACCUCGAUCAUCAACAGAAUGAAAGAUACUAUGCCAAUCAGAGGAUGAGUCAGUCAGAAGCAAAUCCAACUCCAGCACUCGGCCUCUGUAAUGGCUAUUGA